UACAGCAAAUCCAAUUCCCAUGGAAACGUAGAAAGAAGUUUCCGUUGAUGUUCUUCUCGUUGAAAGAUUCUUACAUAUUAAUUCCCCAAACGAGGAAGAAAAAGGGUAAGAUUUCAAUUUUCAACGAGAAGAAUAUUAUAAUAAAAUCGUAAUUAGUCCACAAUCUUUUCCAUUUUCAAAUCCAAAACUCCCCAAUUCAAUCCUCCAAAGCCGAUUUCAAAUUCCCUCAGAUAAUCCGCGUCUCAAAUAUUCAAUCUCUCUCUCUAUAUAUCUCUGCAAGAUCUAUACAGAGUUCUAUAUAUCUAUAUAUAUCUUCCUGAUUGUUCACGCCGUUUAGCCUCGGCUUCAGAUCGAUUUUUAGAGGUCUCUUCCACUGAAGUGGUAGAGUUCGCGAAGUUGGUGACUUGAAGCGAAUUAGUUCAUUCAGUUGGUUAGCUAUGCAGAGCCAGCUAGUGUGCAGCGGGUGUAGGAGCAUUCUUCUUUAUCCCAGGGGAGCUACCAAUGUCUGUUGUGCACUAUGCAAUGCAAUCACCUCAGUGCCACCUGCUGGAUUUGAAAUGGCCCAACUUAUAUGUGGAGGCUGCCGUACAUUGCUAAUGUAUGCACGUGGAGCUACAAGUGUGAGAUGCUCUUGCUGUCACACGGUGAAUCUUGCACCAGCAUCUAACCAGCUCGCUCAUGUCAACUGUGGGAAUUGCCGUACAACGUUGAUGUAUCCAUAUGGAGCUCCAUCAGUCAAAUGCGCAGUCUGUCAGUACAUUACAAAUGUUAACAUGGGUAAUGUUAGGGUCCCCAUUCCUAUGCACAGACCUAACGGGACAGCCACACCUUCUAGUUCAACAGCAAUGCCCCAUUCUCAGAGUCAAACUGUCGUCGUUGAGAAUCCCAUGUCUCUUGAUGAAAGUGGCAAAUUGGUGAGUAAUGUUGUUGUUGGCGUCACCACAGAGAAAAAGUGAUGAGAUCCCUGAUAUGUCUACUGGAGAUUUAUAUAAUUGAUUGCUCAAUCAUUGUUUUCGUCGAUUGUGAAGAUGGAGAUGGAGGUUGUGUAUAUUAGAACUGGACUGAUUAUUAUUGACAUCACUAGUUUGCCUAUAAUGUUUCAUCAAAUUUAACUGUGAUGUACAUUGAGAGGAUAGUAAGUGGACUGUGUUGCUUCUUCAGUCACCUGUGUAAUUACUCUAUUGGACAACUUCUUGUGUCAUAUUAUUUUGAGCUGACAUAAAAAUCUUUUAAGUAUGAAAAUAUUGAUACAUAUACAAUCUUUAUUAAAAUUAUUUUUAUUUGUGUGUGACU